UAGACAAGCUAGGAGAAGUUUCCUAGUUCGUGCAUGCUGCUGACUUGCUAAGCAGCAAAUUAACGAAGGCCCAAGUCAACAUGAGUUUUUCCAUGGUGCAUGUCUGUUUCAAAGAUCAGUCUAGAAUCUCUAUCAGUGUUGUGGAAUUGUAAGCAGAAGCUAGGUGGAAUACUUCACGCCACAAAAUGGUGAUGUUUCCAGUGAGUGCCUUUACCUACUUGUUGGCAAUAAACAAGUUAUUCUGUGCAGCAACCUGCAAUUUCUUCUCCUUGCCUUCUGCCUGCCCUCUCUUCUCUCCGAUUGCAGGACUUGGAGAUGGAGCUUGCCAUAUCUGCAGUAACAGGUGAACUGGUGAGCCGAUUCGUCUCCUUCCUCACCGACAGGUACCACUCAAGCCAGGCAUCCUCGCAAGAGAAGCAGUUGGAGAGGCUUCAGCAGCUCCUCCCAAGAGCUCACAUGGUCGUCGAGGAGGCAGAUGGGCGAUACAUCACCAACUCCAGGAUGCUGGCACAGCUCAAGGUGCUUGCAGAUGCCAUGUACCGUGGCUACUGGGCGUUUGACUCAUCCAAGUAUAUGUCGCUUGAGCUUGAGGAGACUUCCAUGGUGGAGGAAGAGCAGCAAGAGGUUAGCUACUCAUCUGCUCUCAAACGCUUUCGCACGAUUGACAGCAGGGCUAGGAAGAACAAGGCCAGGCACCUUCUUGAGGUUCGAGAAGUAUCAGAAAUCUUGGAGAAUGUUCUUGCUAACAUGACGGAGUUUCUUGUGAUUUUGGGUGGGUGUGAACGUGUUAUUCCACGUAGACCAUAUGAUGCAUAUCUUUACAACAUGAACAUCAUGUUCGGACGCCACGCUGAGAAGCAAACCCUCCUCAACUUCAUGUUGCACCAUGACUCUCAUGGCAGUGGAGGUUUGCCCUCUGUUCUUCCGGUCAUCGGCGCUCCUUUAGUCGGGAAGAGAACUCUUGUCGCCCAUGUAUGCAAGGAUGACAGGGUUCGCGCACACUUCUCUUCGAUCUUGCGCUUAAAUGGUGAUGUUUCCUUGUGUGGAAUAGCCGACCAUGGCGGCAGUCUCUUGUCAGGGAAGAAGAUUCUGAUCAUCUUAGAGCUUUACUCCAAUGUCGACGAGAAGGAUUGGGCCAAGUUCUAUUCAUCUGUGGCCAGCAUGGCUAGAGGAAGCAAGGUGAUCAUCUUAAGCCGGCAUAAAAACUCAAAGCUACUAGGAACCGUCAAGCCAAUUAUUCUCAACGCCCUGUCAUACGAGGAGUUCAGCUACUUGUUCAAGACACUCGCAUUCGGAAGCGCUAACCCAGCGGAAAACCUGCGGUUGGCACGGAUAGCAGAUGAAUUCGCCAAGGAGUUGCAUUUGGAAUGGUCUCUCGUCACGGCGAACCUGUUCGCGAAUGUGAUGCGAAGGAAUAUGGACGCCCGUUUCUGGCUAGAAAUGCUGAGCAGGUGUAGAAGAUUAGUCCGGAGGAACAUUUCCAUGUUUGGUGAGCACCCGAGGUUCCUUGUCAAGAGCCGUCAGGUGGAUGUCUCGGAUAUUGUGUUGUGUGAUCAUGCUGCUCCACUGAGCAUUGUAUCUUGUUCUAUUCCUGGCAGCAGCAGAACUGAAUUAGUUGCCGCGAGAAAGGAAUUGCCCAAGGUGGCGCUUGGGGAUUUGUUGGUAGAUCCCGGUGUUAGACCGAAAGGGGAGUUCAAUGUGUUCGUGGAAUCAAGGCUGCCACCUUACACUUCAUUUGUUCACUUCGUUCCAAACCGUUCUGCCCAAGAUACUCCUCAGUUAGGGAUGAAACGUCGAGGGGUGCCUUUGUAAUCUCACAGCCUUUUUUGUUCCACGAGAGACAGAGAGAACUGUAACCUCACUGUCGGAUGUGCCUAAUGCAACAAAUCAGGGCAAAGCCCGUAGUGACAUGACGGUAGAAGAGAGGAUUGAAGCAGCAGACAGGAGGAAGCUUGAGGGUAACGAUUACUUCAAAGAGAAGAAAUUUGAGGAGGCUAUGCAGCAAUAUGAGAUGGCUGUGGCAUACAUGGGAGAUGAUUUCAUGUUUCAAUUGUUUGGAAAGUACAGAGAUAUGGCUUUGGCUGUGAAAAACCCUUGCCAUCUCAACAUGGCGGCAUGCCUGAUCAAACAAAAGAGAUUUGAUGAAGCUAUCGCACAAUGUAGCAUCGUGUUGUCAGAGGAUGAAAUCAACGUCAAAGCACUCUUCAGACGCGGGAAAGCUAGAGCGGAGCUCGGCCAGACUGAAUCGGCAAGGGAGGACUUCCUGAAGGCCAAGAAGCACGCCCCAGAAGACAAGGAGAUCCUGCGGGAGCUCCGUUCGCUUGCCGAACAUGAUAAAGCUAUAUACCAGAAGCAGAAGGAGAUGUACAAAGGCCUCUUCGGGCCGAGGCCCCAACCCAAACCCAAGGCCAGGAAUUUCAUCCUCCUCUUCUGGCAGUGGCUCGUGUCGCUGAUACGCAAUCUCGCUAAGAUAUUCACGCGCAAGAAUGACUAGGAAAAUCUAGCAUGAUCUGCCUAGUAGGGGCCUUGUGUGCAAGACUGCAAGUGCUGUUGGUUGACGGUGACACUGAAGAACCUGACAAUGAUCAUUUAUGGUUCCUCCUCUGUAACUUAUUGCUUGCAUGUUUGACUCGACAGAUUGUAUUUCUAUUUCUGUAGUAUAUAAACUUGGGCAUCAUUGGAGCCGGUAAAAAAAACUUGGGCAUCGUUGGAGCUGGUAAAAAAAAAACUUGGCCAUCGUAUUGCUAGAAAUUUUGGGCUGACAUCUUCUUGUUUUGCUGAAGGCUGGAACUGGCAGUUUCAGAAUGUCUUUCCCCCUGAAAUCUGAAUGGUGAAACUGAUACUGAUACUGAUACUGCCAGAAUCUUGCGUUACGAAGACAAGAUACUCCCUUGUGGUGCCUGGUUGGUGUCCGACGAAAUGGCUGCACGCCGAUGAGGACAGCAGCUUCUGCCGGCCUGGCCAGCCACUCAUUUCACAUGGAUUGGCUCCCACGGUUAGCUGGUAAUCAAGGGCAUUUGGUUGGCCAACUUCGCCUUUUUAAUUCUUAUACCCAUUUUAUUUAUGUAGGCCAUAACAAGCUUCCCUGAAGAGAAACAGACAUGGACUGAACAAGUAUGACCCUUCUUAACUUUGCUAUAGUCGCUGUUCCAUCCCAUAAGUUUUCUAGACAAGCUAGGAGAAGUUUCCCAGUUCGUGCAUACUGCUGACUUGGUAAGCAGCAAAUGAACAAAUACCAAGUCAACGUGGGUUUUUCCAUGGUGCACAUCUGUUUGAAAGAUCAGUCUAGAAUAUCUAUUAGUGUUGUGGAAUUGUAAGCAGAAGCUAGGUGGAAUACAUCGCGCCACAAAAUGGUGAUAAUUUUUUUUUCUUCAGUUUGUGCCUUUAGCCCUUUACCUACCUGUUUGGCAGUAAACAAGUUACUCUGUGAAGCUAGCCAACACAGCAAACUUCAAUUUCUUCUUCUUGCCUCCUGCCUGCCCUCUCUUCAAUUGCAGGACUUGGAGAUGGAUCUUGCCAUAUCUGCAGUAACAGGUGAACUCGUGAGCCGAUUCAUCUCCUUACUAGCCCACAGGUACCACAAAAGCCGGGAAUCCUCAGAAGAGAAGCAGAUAGAGAGGCUUCAGCAGCUGCUCCCAAGAGCUCACAUGGUCGUCGAGGAGGCGGAUGGGCGAUACAUCACCAACUCCGGGAUGCUGGCACAGCUCAAGGUGCUCGCGGACGCCAUGUACCGAGGCUACUGGGCGUUGGGUGCGUCCAAAUAUAUGUCCCUUGAGCUUGAGGAGACUCCCAUGGAGGAGGAGGAGAAGGUUAGCAACUCAUCUGCUCUCAAACGUUUUCGCACAGUUCAUGGCAGGGCUAGAAACAAGAACAAGGCCUGGCACCUACUGGAGCUGCGAGGAGCAUCGGAAAUCUUGGAGAAUGUUCUUGCUAACAUGACAGAGUUUCUUGUGAUUUUGGGUGGGUGCGACCAUGUUAUGCCACGCAGACCAUACGAUGUGUAUCUUUACAACGACAACAUCAUGUUUGGACGCCACGCCGAGAAGCAAAAGCUCCUCAACUUCAUGCUGCUGCAGCAUGACUCUCCCACUAGUGAUGGGGAUUUGCCGGCUGUUCUUCCGAUCAUCGGUGGUCGUUUAGUCGGGAAGAGAACUCUGGUCGCCCAUGUAUGCAAGGAUGACAGGGUUCGUGCACACUUCUCUUCGAUUCUGCGCUUGAAUGGCGAUAUUUCCUUGUCUGGAAUCGCUGACCUUGGCAGCAGUCUCUUGUCAGGGAAGAAGAUUUUGAUAAUCGUUGAGCUUUACUCUGAUGUCAGCAAGGAGAACUGGGCCAAGUUCUAUUCAUCCGUUGCGAGCUUGGGUAGAGGAAGCAAGGUGAUCAUCCUAAGCCGGCAUAGAAACUCAGAGCUACUAGGAACCGUCAAGCCAAUUCUUCUCAGCGCCCUUUCAUACGAGGAGUUCAGCUACCUGUUCAAGACACUCGCAUUCGGCAGCGCGAGCCCAGCGGAACAUCCACGGCUAGCAAAGAUAGCGGACGAGUUCGCGGAGGAGUUGCAUUCCGAAUGGGACCUUAGCAAGACAAACAUGUUCGCGGACGUAUUGCAAAGGAAGCUGGAUUUCCGUUUCUGGUUGGGAAUGUUGAGCAGGCUCAGAAGAGUAGUCCGGAGGAAUGUGUCCUUGUUUGGGGAGCACCCGAGGUUGCUUAUCCGAACACCGCAUCAGUUGGAUUUCUCAGAUGUUGUGUUGUAUCCUGCUGCACCACUUGGCUUGGUAUGUUGCUGUAUUCCUGGCAGCAGCAGAACUGAAUUAGUUGCUGCGAGAAAGGAAUUGCCCAAGGUGGCGCUUGGGGAUUUGCUGGUAGAUCCUGGUGUUAGGCCGAGAGGGGAGUUCAAUGUGUUGACAUGGGAAUCAAGGCUGCCACCUUACACUUCAUUUGUUCAUUUUGUUCCAGAUUGCGCUCCAGAUGUGGCCCAAGAUAGUCCUUGGUUAGGGAGGAAACGUCGAGGAGUACCUUUGUGAGAAUUGUAAUUCUAAUGUAAUACUCCAUUAGUUUGUUAUCAGAUGAUUCAGAUCCAUGCAUUGGUGUUUAAUUCA